AUGAGUGAAACCACGGUCGUUUCCGUAAUCUACAACCCAAACUACGUUUUUCCUAGGGUUUCUGUACCACGUCAGUUUCGUGAUAUGCUGCCACUAAGUGACAUCAAGGAACCUACAAAGCGGUUAUCGUUGGCGAUCGUUCCUGGGCUACUUGGAGCAUUUGUAUCAACAUCGACAAAGCCAUCGGUAGACACCUCGCAUAUGGCCGGCUUUGAUGAAGACGAAGAAGAGGCUUGCGGAGGUGAUCUUUCACGAACAUGCUCAUCGCCGUUCAGCGGCUCGUCUUCAAGCCCAUCAAGAGGCCAAUGCUACCAGGGCGCACAUUUUGUUUGGGUAUUUUCGGGUCCAACCGACUUGAAGCAUGAUGCAGUAGGUCAAGAGGCUGUGUUCGAAGUGGUUGAACUAGCGGCUCCGAUCAAGGUUAAUAUCAGUAAAAUGAAUGGAAGUGGGAAAGAAGAGGAUGCAGUUCCUUCUACCUCAAAUGAAAUAAAAUCCAUUAACGCCGAGAAGAAGGCUCGUGUGUUCGACUUCAACACAAUUUUCGAGGAAACAAGAAAGGCUGGUCAAGCUCGAUUUGCAGAAGCGAACCCCGGAGGAAAUCUAGAGGUGGAAAGUAGCAAACUUCAACAAGAGGAAAAAAUUUCUCAAGACAGCGGGACUGUAAGCGAAGAGGAUGAUGACUUCCUACCAAUGUUGCCUCCUGGCUUCGUACCUGAUAAGAGUGUUAUGGUGGGUGGUGAUGGCGCCUCCAACGCUAAAGAGAAAACAAAAGUCGCCGGUGAUGAUGAUGACGAUGAGGAUUUUGAAGACUAUAUGGGAGAUGGAAUCCCAACAGUUAAUCUUAUUCCAACAGCUUGUGAAGCUAAAUUGGUGCAUAGUGGGAAGCCGGUGUCUGCUCUUCGAUUCGAACCAAAUGGUGUCCGUUUCGCAUCCGGUGGUGUCGACUAUCAAGUAAAAAUUUUCGACUUUCAAAAAAUGGAUAUGAGCUUACGAGCAGAUAAAGAGCUGCUUCCAGUUGAGAGUCAUAUUAUCAACGACGUUGCGUUCAGCGCAAACGGCGAAACGAUGUUGAUUUGCAGCAGUCAGGCACAGGUCCAUCUGCUUGACCGAACUGGUAAACAAUGGGCAGAAACAAUUCGAGGUGAUCAGUAUCUUGUGGAUGUCAACCACACCAAAGGUCAUACCGCCUCCAUCAACUGCUGCCACUUCAAUCCCAUUAUUAAGGAUGAAUUCAUGACUUGCGGAGAUGAUGGGGAUGGGAAACUAAUCGCGGCUGGAUGUGACGACGGCUCCAUUCAGAUGUGGAAAUACGGGAAUUUAUAUGUUAAUACAACCUAUCUUGUACGAGAAGCACACAAAGGACCGAUCACUUCAAUCAUGUUUUCACCUGACUCACAGAAGAUUCUGACGAGAGGACUGGAUGAUUCGAUGAAGAUAUGGUCAAUCAAAAACAACAAAAAGCCUCUUUUAGAAUUAUACGAUUUAGAAAACGCUUUCAAGAGCACGGAUUGUGGUUUCUCUCCUCGCGGAGAGUUGGUGUAUACUGGAACUUCAACGCCAGGCGAAGAUAUGCCUGGUAAAUUAUUGUUCUUCAACGCUGACACCUUUGAACUGGUGUACAAGAUUGAAUAUCCUGGAAAACCUCGAGGGGAGGAAGGGGAAGAGAAGGAAGUAACAGGGUUCCGACUGAAGAAGUAUCUGCGAAUGCGGGAUAACCAACAACGGCCGCAGUUCCGAAAGCCGGCCGACGUACCUAUAGGAAGAAGUGCCAAUGGCCGAGUGGUGGCAAGCGGCGGCAGUUUGCAUUCAUAUGUUGCCCAGCAGAUAGGUACGAUGAAGAACAAGACGUUUAUAGAGGAUAGAGAUGUUAGGACUAGCAUUCUUCGACAUGCUGAAGAGGCUGCGAAGCAUCCUAUAUAUGUGGACUUAGCCUACAAGAAAACUCAGCCAAAACCGAUUUUCCAAGAAAAGACAACUGCGCCUGAGGAAGAAGAGCCGGAUACGGAGUUACAACCAGUGUUCAAAAUGCCCCGACUGAGGACUCGAUUCUCAAGAUACCUGGUGCUUCCAGUCGCAGCUGUGAUAGGAACUAUAGGAUAUUUCAUGGAAAAGAAGCUGGUACCGAAGUCUAAACCUGUGCCAUAUCUGAACUCAUCUAUACAAGAACAACGAGAGAAACGUCAGUCGGCAGCAGACCCACAGGUCGAACCUGUUCCGUUCACACUACCGAAUAGUCUAGGUGUUUUGAAACCUAGGCCUGUAGAUAACUAG